AACCCCUCCAACAUGUCCAGGCCUAUCAUCUCCAGGUCACCAGCAUCUCCACUUAGCAGCCAAGGCAUCCCAACACCUGCCCAGCUCACAAAGUCCAAUGCUCCAGUGCACAUCGACGUGGGCGGACACAUGUAUACUAGUAGCUUAGCCACACUAACAAAAUACCCAGAGUCCAGAAUUGGUCGACUCUUUGAUGGCACUGAGCCCAUUGUCCUGGACAGCCUCAAGCAGCAUUACUUCAUCGACAGAGACGGUCAUAUGUUCUGUUACAUCCUCAACUUCCUCAGGACGUCCAAGCUCCUCAUCCCGGAUGACUUCAAAGAUUACAGCCUGCUUUAUGAGGAGGCACGUUACUUCCAGCUGCAGCCCAUGCUGAUAGAGAUGGAACGUUGGCAGCAUGAACGGGAGCUGAACUGGGUGUCACGGCCUUGUGAGUGCCUUGUGGUACGCGUAGCACCAGAUCUGGGAGAACGCAUCACCCUAAGUGGCGACAAGGCCCUAAUUGAAGACGUCUUCCCUGAGAUCGGUGAUGUUAUGUGCAACUCGGUCAACGCCGGAUGGAAUCACGACUCUACGCAUGUCAUCCGCUUUCCACUCAAUGGCUACUGCCACCUCAACUCUGUCCAGGUUCUGGAGCGGUUGCAGCAGCGUGGCUUUGAGAUUGUUGGCUCUUGUGGUGGGGGUGUCGACUCUUCCCAGUUCAGUGAGUAUGUGCUGAGGCGGGAGCUCCGGAGGGGCCAGCGUGGGUCCCACCCUAACAGGAUAAAACAGGAGCAGCUGGACUAA